AUGGAUAUCAAAAACGAAGAAAACGCCGAUGUGAAGCCAGAUGCAAUUGUCGUGGUGAAACAAGAAGAACAGCAUCCAGUUGAUAUUACUGUAAAAGAAGAGAAGGAAUGUAUCGAGAAAUGUAACGGUGAAACUUCGGAUGAUGUGAAACCUGAUGAAAAUGGCCGAAUGGAGUGCGAAAUUGACAUGAAAGAAAGUGAUGACUACGAUGAGUUGAAUGAAUUAAUAUCAGAUGAGGUUAAAAACGGCCAAGAUUCAGCGAAUGCUGAUAAAAAGUUGGAGACACUGCAAAUCGCCAUCAAACAGCUCUACAAUGAUCCAUCGUUUGCAGUUGUUUGUAGUUUCUUCAAUAAAUUCGCAUGCUUUCUUGGCAUUAAACCGCAAAAUUUCAACAAAUUGGAACGUUUAUUGACGAGUUUCCAUGAAACUGGACGAGUUGAUCGUGAACUGAUCGAUCUUCAUUUGACAUUGCUGCGAAAACUGAACUAUAAAUCGGCCAGAGUGAAUGGUUGGGAAAGGUAUCUGUUGAAGUAUUGUUCGUUGAAUCAGUCGUUGGAGAGUGAGUACUUGAAUAUCGAACGCUACGGCUACUUGCACUCAUCGAUCAACACCAAAUUAGCGGUGCUGAAAACGUUGUGCGAAAAUCAAUUCGAUUAUAAUAUAAAGUUUAAAGAUUCGGUGAGU